AUGGGAGCUAGAGGACGAGGAUCAACAUUCCGCGGCCGCGGAGGCCGAGGAAGAGGACGAGGUGGUAGAGGAAAAUCCUUCGGCCAGUUUGGACCAAGCCGGCGCUUCGAAGCAGGACGAUUGAAUGACGAGGAGGAGGAAGACAUGUCGGACAAUGCCGACCCUGAGAUGUCUUCUGACAACGACCAGAUCUCUGGCCCUGAGUCCGACGACGACGAGGCCAACGACCCUUCUGCCAGACCAUACAUGGCCCUCAUGCAGAGUUUGGCUUCCAGUCAUCCACCUCAGGCCAAAAGACGUAAAAUUGAGCCGACUGAAGCACAAUUAGCCAUCACAAAAACGGAGCAGGCCUCAGAGGAAGAAGAGAUGGAGCUGGACAAUGCGGACGACCUUGGCGAGGAGAGCGAGGACCAAGACGAAAAUGCGAAUGAAAGUCAAGACGACGAUGAUUCAGAUGAAGAAGAUGAAACUGACCCCUUUGAUUCUCACUUUGCAAACCCUGACGAAAAAGUUAGUGGAGUUGCCAUAUCCGCAGCCAAGGAUGGGAACUGGGAAACGAAACGCAUGCUUCUUGGACCUCUCCGAGCCACGAUUUCACAGGCUGGAUUAUCAUCAGAGAUUUCGGCUCCUGCUAUAAUGUCGAAUUUAGGGAGCGCACGAUUGAAGCAAAAGCUUCGACAGGAAGUUGGAAACAAGCUCAGCAAACUGAAUGCCACCGAACAGGCCAUUGCUGGACCUUUAUUCGACUACCGCGACCUGUUAUACUGCGACCGAAACGUCAAGUCAUCACAGCGUUUGCUGAAAAUGACAUGUUUGCAUGCACUAAACCACGUCUUCAAGACCCGCGACCGCGUUAUCAAAAACAACUACCGACUAGCGAAAGAUGCGACUGAUUCAGAACUCGAGCUGCGGGAUCAAGGCUUUACUCGCCCUAAAGUUUUGUUUAUUGUGCCUACGAGAAACUCCUGCGCCAAGCUCGUUUCUAUUAUACGCGAUCUUUGCAAGCCAGACCAAGAGGAGAACCGUAAACGAUUUGACGAAUCCUAUAUCCAAAAAGACUCCAACUUUGGAGAUGAUCGCCCCGAAGACUUCCGAGACCUGUUUGAGGGCAAUGAUGAUGACAUGUUCCGGAUUGGAAUGAAGUUUACAAGAAAGACUGUGAAAUACUUUUCUCAGUUCUACAGCUCUGAUAUACUUUUUGCAAGUCCGCUCGGACUUCGCAUGGCUAUUGGAUCAGAGGAUGACAAAAAGAAAGUUGACGCCGACUUCCUGAGCUCUGUGGAAAUGGUUGUUGUCGAUCAGACAGACGCCCUUCUGAUGCAAAACUGGGAGCACGUCGAGUAUAUCUUUGAGCAUCUGAACCUCCAACCGAAAGAAGCUCACGGCUGUGAUUUCAGUCGUGUUCGAAACUGGUAUCUGGAAGAUUGGGCUAAAUAUUUCCGCCAAACAAUCAUUCUAAGUGCAUUCAACACGCCUGAACUGGCCGAACUCCAGCGACGUCACUGCCAUAACUGGGCUGGCAAGAUCCGACUACAGCCUGAAUAUACGGGAUGUAUCCAAAAUCUUGAAAUUAAGACCAAGCAAACUUUCUCGAGAUUCCAAGCAUCCUCUGUUGAGAAUGAGCCGGAUGCUCGAUUUGAGUACUUUGUGUCGGCCAUUGUACCUUCGAUUGUGAAGCGGGCAAAGGACGCCCAUGGAACUUUGAUCUUCAUCCCCUCUUAUUUGGACUUUGUGCGAGUGAGAAAUUACUUUGCCACCUCACUGGUCGUCAGCAAUGUGUCGUUUGGCGCAAUCUCGGAAUACACAGAUGUUCCAGAGGCGUCCCGUGCCCGUUCGCACUUUGUGACUGGAAGACACAGAGUGUUAUUAUUUUCCGAACGUGCCCACCAUUUCCGACGCUACCAGAUCAAAGGUGUUGAACGUGUCAUUUUCUAUGCUCUUCCUGACAACCCAAUCUUCUACAAGGAAAUCGCGGGUGGCUACUUGGCGAAGAGUGAGCAAGAAAUGUUGAUUGACCCUGGCAAGGGCACAGUCCGAGCUAUGUUCUGCAAGUAUGAUGCUAUGAAGUUGGAAAGAAUUGUCGGGUCAAAGCGUGUUGGCAAGAUGAUUCAAGAUAGAGGCGAUACUUUUGAUUUCAUAUAA